AUGUCAUUUGGACCAUCGAAAUCGCUGAAGAUGGCUUCGUCUGCCCCAGAGAAAUCUCGACCAUCUUCGACCUCUCCACGUCUACCGUCUCCCCCACCAUUCCCUGAGGUUCAAAUCCCCGCCACCUCCACCACAAACUCAAAAUCUGGUACCGCAGCCGCGACUACAAACUCGCUGAUAGCCCCGCGCCGUAUUCGCCCCGGCACCAAGUCCAAAAACAUUGCGAUUGGUCCGCCUCUCGUGCCAUUCAAUGAACUUGACUCUCCAUUCCAACUUCAAGAGCAUCUUGCCGCGCUUCUGUCAUCAAUCACAUCACCGCCGGACUCAGACACCACCAUCCCGCUGUCACGCGAGGCAUGUGAAGCACUCGCUACACCGCCGGAGGGCGCUGAGGAGUCGCUGUGGUGCUAUGAGCUUACGCGCCGAUUGACCAGGGAUCUCAAUGUUUUACUUGUUGCGUUACUAAAUGACAAUUGCACUGCCUCUUCGUGCCCAGAGAUGCGCGCAAGCGAAUGGCAGUACCUGUGCGCGGUGCACGACCCGCCUAAGUCAUGUUGCGCCAUUGAUUACUCUACGCAUACCCUUGACCAAGCGGCCACUAUGCUAUGCACUCAAAAAUAUUUCCCUAGCAGGUUGAAUUUAGGUGCAGGAAGUAUCAAGCAUUUGGGCAGCAUCUUUAGGAGGCUCUAUAGAAUAUUUGCGCAUGCAUGGUUUCAGCAUAGAAGUGUAUUUUGGGACGUGGAGAAUGAGUUUGGUUUAUAUCUCUUUUUUAAGACGGUCUCUGAUCGUUACCAUUUAAUCCCUAAAGAUAACCUAACUCUUCCACCAGAGGCAGAAGGUUUAAAAUCAACUGAUGAUGAAGCGGAUUUUGAGGAAGAAGAGAUCGACGAGUUCGACCGCGGGACGGGAGAGCAAGGCCGUCGACAAGAGUUAGGCGGGGAACUCGAGGAAGAUGAUGGUGAUGAAGAUUAUCCAGAUAGUGACGAAUCUGAAUCUGAUGAAGAUGAAGAAGGAGAGCUCAGAAACGGGGAAGAUGACGAGGAUGAAUUUGAGCUAGAAAUGGAUAUCCAUUUGUUGGAGGAUGAGAAAAGCGAACUGGCAGGAAUCGAAAAUAAUAUAGACGAGAAAGAUGAAGAAGAGCAGGAUGCAGAGGAGAUUGUUGAGAAAUCACUCUUGCUCCUACCUGCCCCCCCGGAAAACGCCACAUUGGCUUGUUUGAAGAGCCUAUAUGCACCUUCUCUUGCCGCCGCUUUCCAGCAGACUCCUUCUGAAGUAUAUUCGAUUCUAGAUGUAGCAAUCCAUGUACCUUUCCUAUCCUCUUCCGCCACAAUUUCUCGACGGAAAGUAUUCGCAAAAACUCAAAGGCUUCUUGCAAGAUUAUAUUCAUCAGCAUACUCCGCGGCUAUCAAAGAAGGAAGGGAGGACCUCGUUGAUGUCAGGAUCGUGUUCUUGAGCAACACUGGCUUGAGCUUCGAAGAUGAGAAGAAGAUUCCAACUGGCAUUUUCAAUGGCCCAAUCGUGAGUUUACGCAAACUUGCAGAUUCGGGAAGGGAGUGGAAGAAUAUAGUUAUCGCAUCACCCCCACCAACGGAAGGCGAAGAGGAUGGCGAAGGGGAAGGUGAAGUGAUUGCGAAUAACUUUUUGGAGUACUAUCGUGAUCAGGUCGGAACCGAUACCGUCGUUCUCCGCUGUGAUCUUGGCGAGAUUCCGGAGAACCCUGAGGAAGAAGAAUCAAGUGAAAAAGAACCAGAAGAUGGAGAAGAGCACUCAAUUGUAGCAGUUGGCGGAACAUUCGACCACCUUCAUCCAGGACAUAAGCUCCUCUUGACAAUGACCGCCUUCAUUCUCUCUCCUCACGCACCGUCGCCGCGUCUAAUAAUCGGUAUAACUGGAGCUAAUAUGCUCAAAAAUAAGAAACACAGCAAAUAUCUUACCCCAUGGUCUACCCGAACCCACCAGACACUCCAGUUCCUUCGUGGGAUCCUCGAUUUCGCCUCUCCUGACGAAAUAAAAUCCAAUACUACCUCUUUGAUGACACCCGAGCCAGAGAAUGCGCUUCGCGCUUUCACUACACUAUUUGCCGGCGCCCUUGUUGUAGAGACAGUCGAGAUUGACGAUCCUUAUGGACCUACCACGACUAAUGAGGACAUCUCUGCACUUGUAGUGUCUGCUGAGAGUUCUCAAGGAGGAGAAGCUGUAAACGCCAAAAGGCGUGAGACUGGAUUCAAGGAGCUAGAGGUUUUCUCUGUAGAUGUUAUUGACACUGAUGCAGAAGGCGUGAAGAUGAGUAGUACCGAUAUCAGAAGACGACUGGAGGAGAAGGAUGCAAUCGAGAAUUAG